GCCGCCUUUCCCCACCCUUGUGGGCUUCCGCGGGGUGUCCCGCCCUCUGGGUCUCCUCCUCCUCAACCUUAGAGCAUCCCCUUAAGCCUUGCUGCUGGAUGAGCUCCCCACUACCCCAGCUUGCUGGCUCCCGCUGCUCACAUUUACCUCCCGGAUUUCUGACUUUGCCCCUAAGAAUCCGGAAGUCGUGAUUUCAGCCUUCUGAUCAGGAACCAGGGGUCCCGUCUCCCUGUGCCAGGGGAGAUUGCUCAGAGAUCCAGAUUCUUCUCCAGACUCAGUGCCUUUAGGGACCCUCGAGUCCCGCCUUCCUACCCCCAGGAACCCACCUUGGACCCAAUAACCAAAGCUCUUUCCUGCUCCCCCUUAACUGAAGCCGGGGCUCUUGGGCUGCUUCCCAUCCUCCGGCUUGUGGCUCCGUCUGCACUUUUCCUUCAGAGACUCCAAACCCAGGCUCCACCGGAGCAUCCCAGUAUUCCUCCCCAGCUCUUUCCCAGCCUCAGCUCUCCUCCUGGAGCCUUCUGUCUCUCUAGUGGCCUUGACCUCCAUGCCAGGACGGUCUGUCUUGCCUCCCAGACCCUCCCCUUGCGUCUCCGGCCCCUCUUCUCCCUGAACCCUUAGAGUUCUGUCUUAGACUGGAUUUUGUCUGGACUUUCCAGGUGACUCCAGGCUAUCUUGUGCUCAGAAAAGCGCAGAAUUAAAACCUUAGGUGUGACCUCUGUUAUUCUGGUCUUUGGUGGUUGCUACAUUGGUGGGACAAUUAAGGGUGGGAGCGGCAGGACUCUGAGGUACAGAAAGACUAGAGACCAGUAGGAGUCAACUUGGUUACUUUUCUUUGUACAGAGUGAGCCUGGAGCCAGAGGGAAUGGGCCCUAGGAGCCUCAGACCUCCUCAGAAAGUGGGAUUAUGGGAUGUCUUCCAGCAUGCUCUCUGGCCCUACGAGCUUCAAGGGAGGUGUUGGUGACAUUCAGGGAUGUGGCUGUGGACUUUACCCAGGAGGAGUGGGGCUUCUUGGACCCUCCUCAGAAGGAGAUGUACAAGGAGGUCAUGCUGGAGAAUGCCCGGAACUUGCUCUCCCUAGGGCUUCCAGUUCCCAGAGAAGAUGUGAUCUCUUAUUUUGAGCAAAGGGAAGUACCCUGGAUGCUGCACCCAGAAGGCCUAAGGAGCUGCCCUCCAGAAAAAGAGAUCAGACUUGAAAUGAGGAAACCUACUACAGAGCAAAGCCUUUCAGUGGUAGAAUCUCUCAAGCCAAGAUUCAUCAGUGAUGGUCCUGCUAAUUUCACUCGGCAAGAGAUCUGUGAUGAACCUGAGAAGAUCCACACUGGAGAGAAAUCUUAUGAAGAUAAGCGAAUUGGAAAGGCUUUCACAGAAAGUGGAGCUUUUACUAGACAUUUACUGAGAAUUUACACUGGAGAGAAACCGUAUGAAUGUAACCAGUGUGGAAAGGCUUUUGGAAAUCAGGGAGCUUUUACUGUACAUCAGAGGACCCAUACUGGGGAGAAACCUUAUAAAUGUAACCAGUGUGGAAAGGCUUUUAGACAAAACGGUGCUCUCACCGUACAUCAGAGGAUUCAUACUGGGGAGAAACCUUAUAAGUGUAACCAGUGUGGAAAGGCUUUUACAAAUCAGGGAGGUUUUACUGUACAUCAGAGAAUCCACACUGGGGAGAAACCUUAUAAAUGUAACCACUGUGGAAAGGCUUUUAGACAAAAGUUAUGUCUUACUGUACAUCAGAGAAACCACACUGGAGAGAAUCCUUAUGAAUGUAACGAAUGUGGGAAGACUUUCAAAUUUAAGUCUAGUCUUCCUGUACAUCAGAGAAUCCACAAUGAAGAGAAACCUUAUGAAUGUAAUGAAUGUGGAAAGGCUUUUAGAGAAAAGGGAGUUCUUACUGCACAUCAGAGAAUCCAUACUGGAGAGAAACCUUAUAAAUGUAAUCAGUGUGGAAAGGCUUUUAGACAAAAGUUAUAUCUUACUGUACAUCAGAGAAUCCACACUGGAGAGAAACCCUAUGAAUGUAAUCAGUGUGGAAAGGCUUUUACACAAAGGGGAGCUCUUACUUCACAUCAGAGAAUCCACACUGGAGACAAUCCUUAUGAAUGUAAUCAAUGUGGAAAGGCUUUUAGAAAUCGGAGAGCUCUUACUGCACAUCAGAUGAUCCACACUGGAGAGAAACCUUAUAAAUGUAACCAGUGUGGAAAGACUUUUAAGAGAAAGGAAACUCUUAGUGUACAUCAGAGAAUCCACACUGAAGAGAAACCUUAUGAAUGUAACCAGUGUAGAAAGACUUUUAGAAGCAAGGGAGCUCUUACUAUACAUCAGAGAAUCCACACUGGGGAGAAACCCUAUAAAUGUAACCAGUGUGGAAAGACUUUUAGGCGAAAGGAAACUCUUGUUGUACAUCAGAGAAUCCACACUGAAGAGAAACCUUAUGAAUGUAACCAGUGUGGAAAGGCUUUUACAAGAAGGGGAGCUCUUACUGUACAUCAGAAGACUCACACUGGAGAGAAACCUCAUAAAUGUAAUCAGUGUGGAAAGGCUUUUAGAAAAAGGGCAUCUCUUACUGGACAUCAGAGAAUCCACACUGGAGAGAAAUCUUGUGAAUAUAACCAGUGUGGAAAGUCUUUAAUAUUCAAAUCUGAUUGGUUUUUACCAGUUCUGUGAUGAAAUGUAAAGGUAUUAAAAUAAUGAAGAAAAUGAAUUGGGAACAGAGUACUGGGAGAAGAUGAUGUGGUGCUGAUGCCUUCCAUAUUUAGCUUUGUCUUGCUAUAACAUUAGAGGGAGGGUGAGGAAAGGAAAAUAAAAUUUCCUUGGGAUAGCA